AUGGGAGACAGCGAAGCCAUGGUUGCCGAGGGCUAUACUUCUGUUCCAUAUGGAGAUUAUAAUGCUUCUGCUGCUACAGUGGAAUCAACAGGCCAAGAAAACGCAAACCAGAGCAAUGCACCAAAUGUUGAGUCGUCUCAAUCGGUCAAUAAUGCUUCUUUGGUGAAUGGGACUGGCCAUGAAGGUGGUUUAUCUGCGCCAGUUGAGAACGGAAAUGCAACUGAUAAUGUGGCUGUAGCAGCUCCAGCAACAGAGCAUGGAGACCAGCCUGGCUCUAUUCUUUCACCAGAAGAGGAGCGCCUGUGGAAUAUUGUAAGGGCUAAUUCUGUUGAGUUCAAUGCUUGGACUGCCCUGAUUGAAGAGACAGAGAGGAUAGCUCAGGACAAUAUAGCAAAGAUCCGGAAGGUGUAUGAUGCUUUCCUAGCGGAAUUCCCUUUGUGUUAUGGUUAUUGGAAAAAGUAUGCGGAUCAUGAGGCUCGUGUGGGGGCAAUGGACAAAGUCGUGGAGGUUUAUGAAAGAGCAGUGCAGGGAGUGACAUAUUCAGUGGACAUUUGGUUGAAUUAUUGCGUUUUUGCCAUCAAUACAUAUGGAGAUCCUGACACGAUUAGAAGGCUUUUUGAACGAGCUUUGGUUUACGUUGGAACUGAUUUUCUGUCCUCUACAUUGUGGGACAAAUACAUUGAGUAUGAGUACAUGCAGCAGGACUGGAGCCGACUUGCCAUGAUUUACACCAGAAUACUGGAGAAUCCAAUUCAAAAUUUCGAUAGAUAUUUCAGCAGUUUCAAGGAACUUGCUGAAACACGGCCUCUGUCAGAACUAAGGAGUGCUGAGGAAUCUGCAGCAGCUGCUGCAGAUGCUUCUGAAAGUGCACCAUCUGAGUCUUCCGGAAAGGCAGAUGAAGGAAAAUCUCAAGCUGAUGGUUCCACCGAUCAGUCUCCUAAAUUGGAAAGUGCUGGUUCAACUGAUCCUGAGGAGUUGAAGAAAUACAUUGGCGUCAGAGAAGCCAUGUAUAUAAAAGCUAAAGAGUUUGAAUCUAAAAUCAUUGGUUUUGAAAUAGCUAUAAGGAGGCCCUAUUUCCAUGUGCGCCCUCUCAAUGUUGCAGAGCUGGAGAACUGGCACAGCUAUCUGGAUUUCGUAGAGAAAGAUGGAGACUUCAAUAAGGUGGUCAAGCUGUAUGAAAGGUGUGUGGUUGCGUGUGCAAAUUAUCCUGAAUACUGGAUUCGAUAUGUGUUAAGCAUGGAAGCAAGUGGAAGUAUGGACCUUGCAGACAAUGCCCUUGCUCGAGCAACUCAAGUCUUUGUCAAGAGACAACCGGAGAUCCACCUUUUUGCGGCUCGAUUAAAAGAGCAGAGUGGAGAUAUAGCGGGUGCUAGAGCUGCAUACCAAUUAGUGCAUUCUCAAAUUUCCCCGGGACUUCUUGAAGCUGUAAUCAAACAUGCGAACAUGGAACAUCGACUUGGGAAUCUGGAUGAUGCUUACUCUUUGUACGAUCAGUUGAUUGCCCUUGAAAAGGCGAAAGAAAACUCAACAGUACUGCCUCUCCUGUAUGUUCAGUAUUCAAGGUUUUUGUACUUGGUUUCUGGGGAUGCUGAGAAAGCUAGGAAGAUUCUCGUCGAAGCGCUAGACCACAUACAACUUUCAAAACCUCUCAUGGAGGCACUGAUUCAUUUUGAGACGAUUCAGCCACCACCAAGAAAGAUUGAUUACCUUGAACCACUUGUCGAAAAGGUUAUAAAGCCAAAUGCAGAUACCCAGAACAUCUCAAGUUCCACUGAGAGAGAAGAGCUAUCCUUGAUAUAUAUAGAGUUCUUGGGUUACUUUGGUGAUGUGAAGUCCAUUAGAAAAGCGGAAAAUCAACAUGCUAAACUCUUUUUACCUCAUCGGAGCACAUCAGAACUGAGAAAGCGUAGUGCAGAUGAUUUUCUCUCAUCAGAUAGAACGAAAAUGGCGAAAACCUACAGCGGCACUCAACCUGCUCAGCCAGUAUCUAAUGCAUAUCCAAAUGCUCAGGCUCAAUGGUCUGGUGGCUACGCUGCACAGCCUCAGACUUGGCCACCAACACAAGCCGCUCCUGCUCAACCGCAACAAUGGAACCCUGCCUAUGGCCAACAGGCUGCUUAUGGUGCAUAUGGGGGAUAUCCCGCUGGCUAUACCGCUCCACAAGCACCAGCACCUGUGCCACAGGCCGCUGCUUAUGGCGCAUAUCCUGCUCAGACAUACCCAGCACAGAGUUAUGCGCCUCCUGUUGCAGCUGCAGCACCAGUGGCUGCGCCAGUGCAACAACCGGCUGCUGCUCCUCAAGCUUACUACAACACUUACUACUGA